AUGCCGCGUGGCUACGAUGGCGAGGCCGAGGCGCGCGACGAGUACUUGCCGGUCAACGACCUGCUGGCCACCGUGCGCGCCAUUGGGUUGCACCUGGUCGACUCGGCGGCGUUCCGGCGCGCAGUGGUCGAAGACGGCGACGGCGGUAUUGUGCGGCGGCUUGAGCGCGCGCGCAACCGACGCGACGGCGACGCGUUCGCAGAGGCUGUGCGCGACUUUAACGCGCUGCUGGAUGGCGCACGCGUGGACGGGCUGGUGCGGAGCGCCGGCAUUGCGGCCGAAGUGGCCGUGCACGUGCUCGAGCAAGUGUACAACCGCGUGGUGGCGCCAACAGUCGACCUGCUGCGGCAGUACAAGGCGUUCUCGAACAAUGUGUACGGCGAGAUCCUGCCGACAUUGGUCAGCGAGCUGAUUGCACGCACGGGCAUCAGCGCUUCAUCGACGUUUGUCGAUCUGGGGUGCGGCAUCGGCAACGUGGUGCUGCAGGUGGCGGCGCAAACCGGGUGCCGCGCAUGCGGUGUUGAGAUCAUGCGAGUGCCUGCGCGCUUUGCGCGGCGCCAGGCGCGCGAGUUCGAGCACCGCAUGCAGCUAUAUGGGCUGCGCCACGGCGCCGUGCGCGUGUGGCAGGGCGACUUUUGCGACAGCGCUGAUGUGCAGUGCGUGCUGCCCGUGGCUGAUGUGCUUUUGGUCAACAACUACGCAUUUGAUAGUGCGCUGAACCAGACGCUGCUGCAGAUGUUCCUUGAUCUGAAGGAGGGCACGCGUAUUGUGUCGCUGCGGCCGUUUGUUACGCCGGAUUACAAGAUCAGCGCCCGCAAUGUGCAUGCGCCUGAGAGUAUCCUGACUGUGCGCCGCUAUCCAUAUUGGAGCCAGUGCGUUAGCUGGACUGAUAACGGCGGGGAGUACUUUGUGCAGACUGUGGACCGGUCGGGCGUCAAGGGAUUUCUUAGUAAAUAG